GACGCAGACGGAGAUGUUGAGAUGACCGUGCCGCAGCCAGUGUUCGAGGUGGUUCAGCCCCCGAGCCUGAGUGCCUGGGACCAGGCGUCCCUAAUCUCCUGGGUGCGGCAGCGCCGCCAGUACGAAGCCAAGAUUCGCAAUCGCUGCGCGGUUACUGGCGAGCAGUACGAGCACGUUGUCACCUCCAUCCGCAACUCGAUCGAGCCGCGCAUCCUGGACCACCUGGCUCGCUUCGUGCUGAAGAAGCGAGCGGCUGACGUGACCGAUGAAGAUCUCGGCCUGGAGAUCACGCAGCGUUGCUCAGCGCUGCAAAAUAGCCACAUCCCGGACAUGGACCAGCUUUUCAAGGACGAACUGAAGAUGGACCUUAAGAUUGAAGACACCGAAGCUCGUGUGGUGAAUUACUUCGUGCUGUUUGACAAGAUUGUGGAGGGCCAUGGUUUGGGUGGAAUCCUCGGUAGUGGACACGAAAAUGAACCGAAUUACGACGAACGCAUGAAGUUGCGUUGCAAGUACCUGCUAAAGAACAUUGCACCAGAGAUGUUGAGGCUGGAGAUGGAGCGCCUGGUCAUCGCCAAGCCGGUGCUCAAGAAGGACGAUAUUGCGCUCUACGAGGCCUUAGUAGAGCGCGCACGAGAGCAGCAGCACUACCACAUGCUGGCCCAGGAGCUCAAGCAGGUGGAUAAACCUCGUAGCAACCCCAAGACCAAUCACUCCAACAAGAAGCCAGCACUUUCGUUGAAGCCUCGGGUUUCACAGCCCCAGCACUCGUCAUCAAGCAAACCCAAGCAGUCGAAGCAAGAAGCCGCGCGAUGGCUGUCUCGUGUGCAAUGGAGCACAUUGGGUGAAGGAUUGCCCCACCGCUAG